CUCGUAUAGGUAUAGUGGAAGGAAUUGUCCUGGGUUUAAAAAGAGAAAACCUAAUAUAUAAUCCCAUCGUCGGUAUAAAUACGAAUGUGACGUGAGGACAAAAUCCAGCUUUCUUAAAACGGAAUAUAAAUUCACUGAUCCUUAAUACCCGGAUUUGAGGAACUUUUGAGAGUAUUUCUCUUGAACAACAUAUCUCAGAGAGAGUUUCAGGCAGGGCAGGUAAUACUCGUUUUCUUGCUUUCUAUAUUUCAGGGUUUUGGAAAUUAAAUUCGGGGCAAACUAAUCGGGCGACAACGAAAGUAACAGAGGCAAAUGGCGACCUUUGAGCUGUACCGGAGAUCCACAAUCGGCAUGUGUCUCACGGAGACAUUGGAUGAACUCGUUUCAAACGGCACUCUCACUCCGGAACACGCAAUUCAAGUGCUGGUGCAGUUUGAUAAGUCUAUGGCAGAAGCUCUGGAGACACAUGUGAAGAGCAAGGUCACUAUUAAGGGACAUUUGCACACUUACAGAUUUUGUGACAACGUAUGGACCUUCCUUUUGCAAAAUGCACAAUUUAAAAAUGAGGAUUCACUUGAAACGGUUAGCAGGGUAAAAAUUGUUGCUUGUGAUUCAAAACUUCUUAACCAGUGAUUCAAGAAUUUGCUGAAAGGAAGUAAGGCCCAAUUUCAAAAAGCACUUGGGAUACUGUUCUGUGUAUGCAGAUGCUGCAGAUUCUUUUGAUUUAUGUAAUAGCGAUAUAAAAAUAUGUCAAGAGUAGAGAAUUCCAUUCAGUUCUAUUUUAUUGUUUAAUAUGUAUUAAUAGGAUUAGCGUUUGGUGACCUUGUAAGGCAAAUUAGCGCAAUGCUAUAGCUGUUUGAUUA